AUGGGUGCUUUUACUACAUUUAAAUCGUCCUCUGUCGGUGAAAGUGGUGAUAUCCUUGAAAUUCCUUCAACUUUCUUAAAGGACCCCUUUGCAAAGUUCUGCAGACAAUACAGUUUUUCCUCUGAUUCGGGUUUCGUAACAAAAUCUAAUUCAAGAACUUCUAUGAAAAGCAUUCAAGUGUCGUUGAAGGAUAUUCCACAAGUCGACAGAUUCGUUGAACAGUCGAAAAGCAUUCGAAAUUCUAGCGAAAUUGACACAUUUUAUUCCUGGGAAGAAAGAAAUAGCUCUGUAUCGACUAAAGAAAAGCCUUUUAUCACUGAGAUGGGCAGUCUAUCAGCCCAUGCUCUUGUAAGUGCAUUCAAAUGUCGUUACCAGCAGUCUUCUCGAAUUAAUGCCCCUUCUGAAGUAGCUCUGGAUUCAAUAACCCAUGAAUCUCUAACUCUCCAGCGUUCUUCCUUUAUCCACGAUCUUCUCCUUUCGCAUUUUGGUGUUAUUUCCACUCGAUUUUAUUGGCACCAGAAAGAGGGAGAAUCUCUAUUAAAGGGGGCUUUUGUUUGGUGUGGUGACCCUUUGGAUGUCCUCGCCUUCAAUUCCACUCACGGCAGUCUUUCCUCCCUAUUGGAAUCCCACCUGUAUUCGGCUACGUCUUUUCGUCGUCUUGAUUGGCUGGCCUCAAGGUCUUUGCUAGGAUGUGAUUUGGGAGAUACUGAUGGCUACCAUGGCAACGUUUGGAGCGCAUUGAAACAGGGCUUGAGUGAGUGGUUGCGCGUCUACGCGACCACGCUGGAACGCGCGGUAUUCGCUGGGCGUCGACGCCAACAACGUGGUGGAGCAGAAUUGCUGGAGCUGACUCAGUGCCUUCAGCUCAUGAUGAGAAAUAUGCUUGCGGUGGCACAUGCUUUUGGAGUGUCUCCAGUCUCGUUGCGAGAUAACACUGAAGAGAUCCAGGUCCAGCACCUUUCUGGGGUACGUCUUCUUGCUUGGUUUGGUCGUCAAGUCAUCACCAGUUCUCCAAAUACUUCAAGGAGUUUGGAAUUCAUCUUUCAUCGCGCUGUGACUCCUUUCAUUCGGUUUUUGCACUUGUGGACCACAGUUGGUGUCAUUGACGAUCCUCACAAUGAGUUCUCUAUUGCCUUUAAUUACCGAUUUUUGCACCGAAAAGAUGCUAAUUUCUGGCGAUAUGCAGUCCACUACCAGUCAUCAGAACAGUCAGCAGGCGAAUGUCUAACUUUACGAAAGGAGUCAAGCAAGCAGAACGGAGCUUUAUUUGGCCUUGUUCCUUAUUCCACUGAGGCUAUGAUUCUUCGUUGUGGUCUUUCUGUGCAUCUCAUUCGUUCCAUCGCACCGAAUGUAAGCCUCAGUUGCACUCAAUUGUUGGCACAAUCCUUUCGCCCUUUAUCGAUAUUGUUUAGUCUCAUUAUGUCUAUCCUAAAAGGAUGGUUUAAUGUUGGCAGAUGGUAG